CGAUUCACGGCCCAGCAUAAUUAUUUUUUCUAGUAGCAGAAUUUUUCAGGCGGCGCAAAUUUUGGACAAAUGCUAAUUUCCCAGAGCCCAUCAACAAGAGGAAGGCCCGGUCCCGAUAUCGACAGAGCCCAGUAUGUAGGGUUUGUAACGAGGCAGCGCUGGGACCGGCCAAGAAGCGGGGGUCAACGAUUCAGUGUGAGAGGCGAGGGGCCCGAAAGAUUCAGAUUCUUCGCCUUUUCCCCCGGCGUCGGGAGCGGCCGGUGGGUGAGGGUAGCAGGUCCACCACCCUGCCGUUCCUUUCGUCAGCUUGUUAUUUACUAUCACCAAUCUAGGAGGAGGAGGAGGAGGAGGAGGAGGACGGUGGAGGGAGAUCUAGAGAGAGAGAGAGAGAGAGAGUUCGACGAUUUAGAGGGCGAUGGGGGGAUGGGCGAUCGCUCUCCACGGCGGGGCGGGCGACAUCCCGCUGACGCUGCCCCCGGAGAGGAGGGCGCCGCGCGAGGCCACCCUCCGCCGCUGCCUCGACCUCGGCGCCGCCGCCCUCAGGGCCCGCAGGCCCCCUCUCGACGUCGUCGAGCUUGUGGUUCGCGAACUGGAAAACUGUCCCCACUUCAAUGCUGGUAGAGGUUCUGUUUUGACCGCUGAUGGUACGGUUGAGAUGGAAGCGUGCAUUAUGGAUGGUAACACUAAGAAAUGUGGAGCUGUAUCCGGUCUCUCUACUGUUGUCAAUCCCGUAUCUCUUGCACGACUUGUGAUGGAGAGAACUCCGCAUAUUUAUUUGGCCUUCGAUGGGGCCGAGGCCUUUGCAAGGGAGCAAGGUGUAGAAAUUGUAGAUGCAAGUCACUUUAUCACUCCAGAAAAUAUUGAAAGACUAAAGCAAGCAAAAGAAGCCAACAGGGUUCAGAUUGAUUACACCCAGCCAAUUAAGGGGCAGCAACAUCAAGAAGCACCAUGCAUCAAAGGCGACAGCCAAAUUGGAACCGUUGGAUGUGUAGCAGUCGAUGGUGAUGGAAAUUUAGCUGCAGCAACCUCCACUGGUGGGCUGGUAAACAAGAUGGUGGGCCGGAUUGGCGACACUCCAAUCAUAGGUGCAGGGACGUAUGCUAAUCCCUUUUGUGCGGUUUCAGCCACAGGCAAAGGUGAAUAUAUUAUUCGAGCUACUGUUGCUAGGGAUGUUGCUGCCCUAAUGGAAUACAAAGGGCUUUCCCUUAAAGAAGCUGCAGCUCAUGUGAUUGAAAAUGUCCCAAAAGGAAACGUAGGCUUGGUGGCAGUAUCGUCCGAGGGAGAAGUAGCAAUGCUUUUUAAUACUACGGGCAUGUUUAGGGCCUGUGCAACGGAAGAUGGUUAUGAAGAGAUCGGGAUAUGGCCGUCUCGGGUAGAUGGCUGAACCAAGGGUUUCAAAAACAUUGGUAGAUCAUUAUUGUCGUAAAGGACAACUAUAUUUCAAAAGGACUGCUAGAUCAGCUAUUCAUGGUUGGACCAUUUCGUGUGCUGUAGACAAAGACUUAUUUGUCUCUCUCUCUUGCUUUCUAUUGAUUGUUGUGUGGUGCGAAAUCUUGUCAUGCUAA